AUGGAUAUGGGUUUCCCCGGCACGGCGAACGGCGGCGCGGCGGUGACGGCCGGCAACGGCGGCGGGGCGGCUUCUGGGGCGCCAGCCGCGAUGAUACGCGAGCAGGACCGGCUGAUGCCGAUCGCGAACGUGAUCCGCAUCAUGCGGCGCGUGCUGCCGCCGCACGCCAAGAUCUCGGACGACGCCAAGGAGACGAUCCAGGAGUGCGUGUCCGAGUACAUCAGCUUCAUCACCGGGGAGGCCAACGAGCGGUGCCAGCGCGAGCAGCGCAAGACCAUCACCGCCGAGGACGUGCUCUGGGCCAUGAGCCGCCUCGGCUUCGACGACUACGUCGACCCGCUCAGCGUCUACCUCCACCGCUUCCGCGAGUUCGAGGGCGAGGCGCGCGGCGCCGGCGCCCUCGGCAUCGGCGCACGAGGCGAGCACCACCACGGCCACGGCGGUAUGCCGCCGAUGAUGCUCAAGUCCCGUGGGGGCGUGUCGUCCAUGGUGCCUCACCACGAUAUGCAGAUGCACGCCGGCGCGCCCAUGUACGGGGGCACCGUGCCGCCACCGACGCCGCACCAUCAUCCGUUCCUCAUGCCGCCGCACCACGGCCAGUACGCGCAGUACGAGAUGUAUGGCGGCGAGCAAGGGAUGGCCGCGUACUACGCAGGAAUGUACGCGCCCGGGAACGGGGGAAACGGCGACGGGAGUGGCAGCAGCGGCAACGGCAACGGUGGUGCAAGCACGCCGCCUGCUUCCAACUACGAGCACCAGCAGCCGUUCGGAUACAAGUAG